AUGAAGUCGGCGCUGCUUCACGUGUUGGCGCCUUUUCUACUCUGUGCCGCCUUGGCGAACACCAGCCUGUUCGCCGAUGUCGACGUGGACUUGUCUUAUGAGCAUUAUGCAGAGAAACGGGUUGAUUAUCUGCCCGGUUUCCUGGCGAUGCCCUGUAACUGUCUGGUUAACGUGGCUUAUAUCUACAUGGGACUGUACUGGCUGCUGUGGCACAGAGGCGUCAAAGAAACAGAACAGAGCCGGUACAUGAGAGAAGUGUUCGCCUUCAUGGCUGUCUUUUACGGACAUGUGCAGUGGACGCGCUUGGCGGUGCUACGGCGCGCUCCCGCCGUGCUCGACCAGUGGUUCACCUUGCCGAUCUUCGCGUGGGUUCCUGUGUGGAUCCGCUUCAUAGAGCGCGGACCGGCGAAGUGGCGCGCGUCGCACGCGGCAGCGCUCGAGCUGUUCUCUAUCCUCAGCUACGGCCUGGCGCUGGCGCACGAGCGGGGGUUCGAAGUGGCGCUGGGCUGUCACGUCGCCCUUGCGGUGUACAUGGGAGUUCGCGUGCAGCUGCGGCUCGGGGACGGUCGCACGCGGGGAUAUCUGCUGCUGGCGGUGCUGUCAUGUGCGGGGUUCGUGGUGCUAAAGCUGCUGGAUCACCGGCUCGCUCGGCACCGGCUCUUCCAGCGGCUCACCGGACACUUCUGGUCCAAAGUGUGCGAUGUGCUCCAGUUCCACUUCAGCUUCUGUUUCCUGACCACGCUGCCACAGAGGGCGCAGCGGGAGUGAGAACCGAGCGGGGGAGAUGAGCGUGUAGAAGAGGAAAAGUCGAAUUCAUCUCAGACGACAAUGAUUUAGUAGCAGUUCAGUGGGCUAUUAAACAUUCUCCACAUGGCUCUGAGUCUGUCAUGAUACGCCUUUGUCCAAAUAUUCACAUAAAACGGCUCAGAGCUACACAGAGCGAUCAAAGCAGCAGCUAGGCUUCACACUUCCACAGUGCAGCCCCAAGUCAUGAUGCCCCCCCCCCGGCUCUGCCACAGUCCAGACUGUAAUCAAAGUUGCUAUAUGCAGACUAAAUGUUAGAUAUGACUCAUAAUGCAAAUAGCCUAGUGUGUAAACAGGUUUCACACGUAUUUCUGAAAACUCUUUCUAGCUGCAGAGUCUGACACCAGCUGGGAAGCCCCCACACACUGAAGGCCUUUAAAUCCAAAUCCUGGAUCUUCGGACAUUUCACGUGUGAUAAACGAUGACGAAGACAUGCUUCAAACUCAUAUCUCACAUAUGGGAUGUAAAAGAUCACAUGUGAAAUCAGAUUUCACAUAUAACGUUUAAUGUGCAUUGCUGUUUCACAUGUGAUUAAUUCACAAAUAAGCACGUGUGGUUUUUGGACAUUUCAGGUGUGAAAACAUUGUAAAGGUAAAUAUGGCAAGUUUUAGGCAACAAACAUAAAUAAUAUUUUUUAACCACUUGCUUUUUUGGUGGAUUUGGAGCAGGAUUUAGACCUUCAUGCUGGGGAAUAACAUUAAACACCUGACUGAAUAAUUCAAAUUAAAAAUCCAAAUAAUUAAAAAUGCAGGGGAGGGAACCGCUGAGGGGGUGUGAACUCAUGGCUGCAGUUUUUCUAAGAUCCUGUCUGGGGCCCUCCUUAGGAACUGAGCAUUUGGUGGCUUACUGUAUAACUACCAACGUUCCAAAUCUUAAUCUUUUUAUUGCAUUCAAAUAUAUGCCAAGGGACAAAACACUGACAUACUACAUGUACAUACUGUUAGACAAUGUUAGACAACACUCAUCUUUCACAUGAAACAACAGUUUACAACACCAUGUACAAUCCACACACUGACCGUCCUGUCAGUUCCCUAAUGACUUGCUGUUAAACAGGUAACACCUUGUCAAUCUUCUCUCAGAAAUUCAGAUUCAGUACCUGCCAAGUUCUGGUAGUACAUUACAUUAGACAGCCUUCUGGAAGACAGUGACUUUGGCAUGAACAGCAGAGAAUAAAAUGUAAUCUCCACUGUAAGUGGCCUACUUAACGCCAUUGCUUCUGGGUUUACUGCAAUAAGUUACCCUUGGGCUACAUAGUGAGAUAUAAAUAACUGUAAACUAUGAGCUCCAGGUGAUGACAUCAUCAGGAAAAGAGUAUUGUCAACAUUGUGUGUUCGCAUUAUAAAUUACUGGUACACCAAUUUCAUUCUAAUUUCAUUAAAAGCUGGAAACAAAAA